AUGAGCUGUAGCAGUGUUGCAGGAUCAGAGUUCUCUGAGGAAGAGCUGGAACUUGGCAUGCUGGGCCAGGAGGAGGACGAGGGAAGUCCCAAGGCAUCUUUCCAAGACAGUGAGAGCUCAAGCAGCAGCCCAAGUGACCCAGAGGAAGGCCAGACCAAGAAGCGCAAUCGACCCGUCCGCUCAAAAGCUCGAAGAAUGGCUGCCAAUGUCCGCGAGCGAAAACGCAUCAUGGACUACAACCAGGCCUUCAAUGCCCUACGUGUUGCUCUGAACCACGACCUCAGCGGCAAAAGGCUCUCCAAGAUUGCCACACUGCAGAGGGCCAUCAACCGCAUCUCCGCUCUCUCAGUGUUCCUGAGCUCCAACCCCCCCAGCAAGUCCUGCACCCAUCGGGAGUGCAACAGGUCAUCUGUGGGGCCAGCUGCGAUGGGAGCAUCUCGACUCGAGCACACCAGGGUAACGGUUCCUUGUCCGGAGCAUCAGAGUUACGUCCCCUGGCACACAUCUGUUUCUCACCAGAUGCAGCCACAACAAGGGCCUCACAUGCACAGGCUGCCCGCGGAGCCACACAUCUACAUGGAUAACACUAUGUCGUCAUGUCCCCCGUCGCCACACUACCCUUGUUAUCCCACUGAGGGACAGCUUUAUGCCUCACAUGGACACUGCGGCAGCCCCCACGACCAUCCUCCCAGUCCUCUGCGAUAUCCUCAGGUGGGUGAGGGGUUGGGGUACCAGCCCGGGGUGUGGGCCUCCUGCACUCAGAGAUACAUGGACACUUUUGUGGAGCCGUCUCCAGCUCUGGGGCAUCCGUGGCAGGUGAGCUACCUGCAGGAGCCGGAGCACAGCCUGUCUCUGUGCUCUGACAUAAUGUAGCAGGGCACAUCCACCACUGUAAGCCCUGAAAGCAGCUGAUGACGCCAGUGGACUGUUGAAUGACCUCAGGGAGAAAACAGUUUUUGCGUUUUAACUCAGUGACAGCAACACUUUCAGAGCAGAGUCACCGUCAUGUAAUUAACAGAUAUAAAAAAAAAAGUGCAAUGGAUCAAGACUGCAGAAUGUUGUUUAAAUCGGGAAAUAUAUUUUGAUCUUAGAUUUCAAAUUGUUAAAUCUAAAGAAUGUUUCACUGUCUGCUGUAGCUAAUUCACUUAUAGACUUGUGUUCCAGUUGUUUAAUUGUCAUCUUUUGGCUUUCUGCAAAAGCUGAAUUAUUGGAAAUAAUGUUACAUUACUAAAACUGUGAGAGUAACAGGAAACAUAAACACUUAUAUAAGGAGUAAUUAGUAGACAAACAACAAAGAUGGGACAGCUUUCAUAUGUGCUACGUUGUUAUGUAACUAGUU